AUGGAAGAUCACCCGCUAUCCAUAUCACGAGCCAUCUCGACAGUCCGGACAACUGCAACACCUGGAUGCCUUCCCACACCUUCUCCUCCUGCUUCUUCACCUCCUUUGGCUUCAGGCGCAUCUCUCAGCCAAACCCCGGUCAUCAUUCAACCACUAGCAAUCACCGCUGCCGCCUCCGACAAUUUCAAUGUCGACAGUUCUUCUCCAAGGAUCUCCGAAGUCGAAUCGUCUCUUCAGGGUCUGCAUGUGUCAUCUCUGUCGGGAUCCCCUUCUCAAGCCGCUGUCACCGAAAGACACAGCAGCCCUUCAGCUCACACAGGCACCAGUUCCUAUAUCCUGCGAGUACUGAGCCAGGAAGAAGAGCUAGAUCAAAACGGACUUGUUGUCUUGGAUUCCAACGAGGCCCAUGAGCCACUGCAUCACUAUAACCCAAAUGACGACGAAGUCGAGUCCGAGGACGACGAAGUGACUUCCGAAGAUGAAGUGGAGCUUGAUCGGGAAGAGACCAUAGAGUCUGAUCAGCGAGUGGAUAUCGUACAAGUUGAGGACGAGAACACCGAGGACAUCGGCGAUGAAGAAGCCGAAGAGCUCGACGAUGAGCUUGACCCUCUUGGCGACAAUGAUGAGGAGCUGUCUUUGCCGCUGCCCGUUGAUCUCAGUCGUCUUGGCUGCAGCGACGCUUGCCGAUCGGAGUUUCAGCAGGGUAUCGGCAUCUACGACGACCAGAUCAAAAGACUUGAGUGCAAAAUCCAUGAGCUCAGUCUAGACAACCACAAUUUGAGAGCGGAUAUUGCUAGGCUGGAGAAGAAACGGAACAGCCAAAACAGAUACGAGCCGACGUGGCACAAGAAGCUGGAUCUGUAUCUAACCAAUCCCGCUCAAAGACACGCAUUGACUUAUACUGACAUCUAUAAGCUGUGCUGCAAGGAGGAGAAUAUGAGCACGAAAACUGGCAAUGUUCAUCCUAACUUGCGACUCAGGGGCCCAACUAACAACGAACUCCAAGCUGAUGCGCUCGAGGGCCUCGGUACUAAUUCGGCCAGUCAGGACAGUGGGUCUGAAGAGAGCCUUAACGGUCCUGAGGGACUCUUCGUGCAGGACGAUGAGCACCCCCAGGAGGUCCAAGGCUCAGAGGGUCAGCAGCCACAGGCGGAUCCCUAUCUGAAAGAUUUCCCUUUUGAUCAGCUGCCUGCCAAAGUACAGGCCAACAUCAUCAAAUUCGUCUUCGUUGAAGAAAGCAAGCUUAUUCACUGCAUCACUCGUCUCGAUAGAUUCAUGCCUCCAGAGCAACCCACGCAGACAGAUUCGAAACGAAGUGGUCUCCCUCAUCGCUUCCACCUUUCCGGAACGUCUUGCAAUAUCACCUACAGCAUGAAACCGAACACUCGCCUCGCCUUGCUAACAGUCUGCAAGCGUUGGUACUACCUUGGGAUCCAUGCUUUCUACGGUCUGAACACCUUCGCCUUCUCGAGCCUUGGAGAAUUUGGUCGCUUCUGUACCGGCAUCGGAGAAGCAAGAAGAGAAAGGAUCCAGCAUAUCGAACUGCUCUGGGUUGGCAGCCAGUAUCUCACUCACAGGCCUAUCAAAGAAGGCAAAAAGGGUGGACUCAAAUAUGUUUCCAAAAGGACAUGGGACGUUUCUUGGCUCUGUCAGCUGCCUCGUUUGAGAACUCUCAUUAUCCAUAUCGAUGAGAGUGGCCCGCAGUACACGAGUCGCCGUCAUGAGCCCAAGGCCUAUGCCAAUUGGAUGGCGUCUGUCACGGCUGGUCAGCCCAACUUCCGUAUGACGCGAUCCCUGCGAAGUCUCCAGGGACUACAUUUCCUUCACGCACUUCGUGGGAUGGAGCUCAUCCACUUUUACGACUACAACAUAUCCCGCCAGGAAGGUGGCCGUCAUCCAAUUCGCGAUUGGUCUUUCUUCAUGGAUAUCGAGAAUGUGACGGCCAUGCCAAAGACCGACGACAAGGCAGAAGCCGCAAAGUUGGCCAAUUUGGCUCCGGUUCUUCCAGGAUACGAGGCUGCUCAAGAAGACUUUGAGGCAAUCAAAGGGCUCUAUCACAAUAGUCAAGCCUUUGACGCAGUGUAUGUGUCGCCGCCAGUUGUGGAAAGGGACGAAGACGGCGAUAUCGAGAUGGCAGACGCUGAAAGCCAGGACCAGGUCCAGCAGCGUGCCAUGGCGACAUCUCGAGGGGGAUCACGAGCCAAAAAAGGAACAGGAGAACCAGCUUCGAGGGAUGAAUCGGGACAGUCAAGUUUUAUCGAUCAAUCGAAGGGCCCGCGUCCUGGGAAGGGAAAGAAGGUCUCCCGAGCUAGGAACACAACGCCCGAUAGGGACCUAGACGGAAUCGAAUCUGAAGCUUCUAGCGAAGCAACCCCGAAAGCACCAAUCCGCCACACUCGAGCGGGUACUGAGUUGAACAUUUCCACGCUUACGGAAGACAGCGUCGCGAACGAUUAUGACGACGAAAUAUCUCUCGCUGGAUCCAAUGCUAGCAACCCGAUCGACUUGGACAGCAUAGAGCCACCGAAGAUGAAUUCACGCCUAUUCCGCCUUCAACAAGACGACAACUUCAACCGCGUCAAGCGCGAGCAAUCCGACACAAUGUCAAUUGGCCAAGGGUCUUCGGCCGGGAGCGAGAGAUCCCACGGCAGUGGAAACGGCCUCUUCGUCGGCGGCUCGUCGCCGUCAAUGUCAUUCCAUCGACCACAUCGCGAAUCUACCGUCCUAACGGAUACCUUGCGCAAGAGAGGAUUUGGCGAGUCGGAUAUUCGAAACGCCAUCGAUCUGACGGCAGAGGAUGACGAUGCCAACUCCUACAGCACUGGUUUCCCAAGCUCUUCCAUGGCCACCUCCUCGCGCCGUAACGGUAAUGGAGGGAUUUAUGGAUACAUCCCCCCUGUCCUACAGCAGGAAACUGCCCACCCUAGGCUUGACCGUCUUCAAAGCGUUGAAAGCGUAGACGACUGUCCUUUCAACAAAAGACGAAAGCAUUAA